AUGGAUCCCAUGGGAGGUGAAGACCUUCAAGAUGAUCUUAAUCGCAGCAGGGGAAAUCGAGAUUCGAACAACAUAUCUCCGCCUAAGCCUGUUCGAGGCUCGAGAAUGGAUGAAGUUCGCAAUGCAACACAUCCCCAGGCAGUUGCAGACCCUAACAUCCAAGCCCAGUUGGAUUUGUUAACACGACUGGUAAGGUACUUAACAGCCCCCAAGUUAACUAAUAUUGAAAUAGAGAGGCAGAGAGGGUCCCCAUUUCCAGACCACAUUAAUCAGCUGCCCAUACCAGUCAAAUUCAAAAUGCCAACAUGGAAAAUGUACAUUGGGUUGGAGGACCCGGUAUCUCAUGUUCACAACUUUGAACUACAGACCGAUUUACAGAGAGUUCGGAAUGAUGCCAGGUGCAGGAUCUUCCCAACCACCCUGUCAGAAAUCACCCAGCAAUGGUUCUUCAAGCUACAUCCAGGGUCUAUUACAUCAUGGGAUCGAUUUGUAUGCACGUUUUAUUCCCAAUUCUCCUCAGCAAUGCCCCUUCCCAUCGAGCCGAAUGAUCUGGUGGACAUAAAACAUAAAGAUAAUGAACCUUUGAAGGACUAUAUUCAACGUAUUAUGCGAGAAGCCACCAGAGUGAAAUCCCUUAGUGGUGACGGUAAAUUAAUAGCCAUCAAUUCGAGAGUUAAGGUAAAGAGUCUAUUCUGGAUCAAUUUGAAAAGGAAGUCUGCACGUACCACUAAGGAGUUCUUUGAUCGGGCAGAGGAAUUCAUAAAGCUUGAGGAGGCCAAGCGGAAGGUGGAUAAUCCAACUCAGGUAGCUACCAAGCAGGGGAAAACGGGCCUUGGGAAUACCACCAACCCUGUAGAAGGAGGAAAGAAUGGGGCUAAGAAUGGCAAACGCAGUAAUGGGGCUGGAAGUAGCGGUAACCAGAAUGACAACAAGAAGCCUAAGACCCCUGAGCAGCCCAAACCACGGGAAUAUAUUCCUAAAUUUACUACUUACUCCAUCCUGUUAAAGACCCGGGCAUACGUUUUUAAUGCCACACAAGUUGUCGUACCGUACAGAAGACCUCCACCAAUGAGGAAGAAUGCUAAUAGAUGGGAUGUGACCAAGUUUUGUCAAUUUCACAAUGACUAUGAUCAUGAAACCAAUGAAUGUAACCACCUGUAG